UGAGAUUGUAAACACAAGACCCUUACCCGAUUUUCUCUCUGUUUUGUUCGAGUUUCAUGCGUUUUAAUGUAAGAAUUGGAACUCCAGAGCCAGACAAUGGUAACAUGGACAUGACAACGGGGAUUUUGAUGAAGAUAGCGACAUGAGGCCGCAAGGUGUUAGGAGAAGGAGGGGAGACAUGCCACGAUUUGGAGUCUGCAGAGGAUGUCAUUACUUCUGUGGCCAUAGGGGGAGGGGCCUUAGAUGCAGUUGGUGUCACAUUUCUGGAGCCAGCUACAUCCACAGCGAGGGUUUUUCUCCCUCCGACCGUAGAAGGCUUCGUCAAUCACGAUCAACUCAUCCGCUGCACAAGCCAGCCGUAUGUUGGUGUCACAUUUCCGGAGCCAGUUACAUCCGCAGCGAGGUUCUUUUUCCCUCCGACCGUAGAAGGCAUCGUCAAUCACGAUCAACUCAUCCGCUGCACAAGCCAUCCAGGACACCAAGCUGAACUAAAUGAUCACAUUGAGAAGUUGGAUGCUGCUGUCAAAUAGAACAACUGCAUGCAGUGACAGACAUAUUUAGUAUGAUAACUUAGUCAACCUUUUUAUCAGUUUAAUAGCUGUUUAUCAGGUCUUGUAAGGUGUCAGUAUCUCUAAAUUCUUCAUUGAUAUCUA